CCCCAAGUAGAAACAACAAACAGGGGCCCACGUGGUCGCCCAAUCCGAAUAAAGUAGAAAAUGAAAGUGACUCCCGAGGACAUCGCUUUGACGACCGACUACCACGCCGCCGCGCUCGGCGAUGACACCCGUCCGUGGGUGGGGCUGCUCGAGGUCACGCAGGCGCGCGUGGAAGCGCAGCUCGAAGCGCUGCUCACCGCGGAGGACGGGCAGGAGCUAGAGUUGAUUUCCGACGAGAGUGAGCGGGACAAAGAGAGGCAACUGCACCACGCGAAGGUGUUUUACCGAACGGCGAAGCAGGAAACAAGCGGUCCUCAAGCGGUUUCGAACAACAAUACGAGCAUCAGUGCGCCGAAACACGUGGUUGACGCGGUUUCCUCGCCGAAAUGGAAGAUCAACAAACUUCUCGUUGACCUGCCAAAAAUCCUUACCAAGCUCGGGCAGGAGCACGGGAUUGUCGCCUUCUUCCGGGCGGCGGUGAACACAGUUGAGGAUAAAAAAUCAUUAGCAACCAGGCAGCUGGAGGUGGCGUCUAACCUCCACGAGGUCGAGGACGAGCAGUUUAUCUGCGACGUCCUAACCUGGGUGGGUAGUUUUGCCUUUGGCCCGGCGUUCGCGAGCGAGCAGCAGGACUUGCACGAAGGGAAUUUCAACCCCGCCCCGUUAGCGGCGAAAAUCAUCCAGCUGCAGCGCAGCCUGCGCGAGGCGGUUGGGCAGACGCAGAGCGGGAUCGCGCCGGUGAGAACGGACCCAGUGACCUGGCAAAAGAAGGUCGCGGACGAGGCAUUCGACAUGGUCGCGCUGAUGAACGCCAAAGCCUCCGCGUCGACGUCAAGCGCUUCCAUAAAGGAAUUUGCGCCGCCUGCGCGGAUGGGCUGCUGCGGUGGAAGUGGAGGGAACAAUAAAGCCGUGAAGAAAAAUAUCCACUGCAAAAAUGUCUGGGUCUGGAAGAGUGGAAGUGGAACUUGUAAUGCUGUCUGCGGAUUCUAAAAAUAUCUGUGUUGCAUAAGCAGGAAGAAGGGUCCAGCUCUUGGCACGCGGAGGUGCGUUUCUCAUGCGUGAUGAGCAUCAAGAAGCUCUCAAAAAAUCUGUGAUGCUAGGACCUGCAUCACUGACCUCAUGGGUCAUGAAAAAUGUGCAUGACAAACCCCGACUCUUCCAGACCCAGACAUAUUUGCAUUUGAUAAAAAAGGCGAGUACUCCCUGCUUCAACUUCACCGAUUUCGUUACCGAGUGCGUGGUCGCGGCAAAAGGGCGGAGUAGUGCCUGCACUACGUUGCUGGUGCAGCACCCGGAGUGUGUGCAGCGGGUGGCGUACUUGCUGCCGCAACUGGAAGCCGCAGACGUCGAGCUGUAUUUGAGGUACUUGGUUGCGCGGGAAAUGAAAAAGGACCUGCAGCUCUCGGCGUUGCAGCUCACGCAGAAAUACUUUUUGCCGGAGUUGGACCAAAUUUAUGCCAGGAAGUAUUUAUGUUAUGAUCCCUAUCGUCUAUUUGUGUUUCACUUUAUUUUAUAUAUACGUACGCUCUACUUCCGACGAGUAUACCAUCGUUCAGAUUUAAUUGAGUGGUGAUGUUCAUCAUGCUUGCUGUUUCUACUUCCACGACUCGUGAAGAUAUGUUGAAACUCCGCAUCUUAAUGAUCUUUCUGAUCGAAAACGAAACUGAUAUCAGGUACUGUCCCUCCACAAUAUCUCUUCGAGUGCAGGAAGAGGUUGAAAAAAGCCUGGAGCAGCUGGAGGACCAGAUUGUGGACGCGACUUGGCUUUCCGGCGGCACGAAACGCGAGAUGAUGGCGAGAAUUCACCGGGUCGGGGUCCAGGUUGCAGCGAGUGCGGGGGCCACGACGGGCGGUCGCAACAGUGAAGUAACCGGGUCGGACUUGAUAACUCUCCACGCAGAAGUAGAUGGUGACUCGGACUCCCAUUUCCAGAACCUACUGAGUGUGCGCUGCGCCCGGUACGAGCGGCCGUACGGGCGCGAAACUGCGGGGGAUUUGGUUUCCGUCGGAUACGACGGCACGCAAAACGUGUUGCGCAUUCCGCCGGGGGCGCUGCAGCUACUGUGGCACCUGGAGAAGGGGCUCCAGGUGAAAGAGCAGGUGGCGGGGGGUGGAGCAGAUGUUGGAGGGAGCGAUGCUCGGCUGGUUUCUUUUGCGGAAGACAACACAGACACCACGGGACAGCAAAAUAAGUCCUCCGACUCUACUUCGGAAAAUCCUGCGCAGAAGGCUAAGUUCCGGCGAUCACAGACGUCCGUGGGGCUUGGCGCGGCGUCGUCCCAGGACAACCAAGGCGGCAGGCCCUCCCACGCGGACCUGCUGGCGCCUAUCGGCCGCCGGUCCAAGGGCGCACCGGCCAUGCUACAGGGCGCCGCGAAGCUGGCGGUCGGGGGAAAGGAGAACGAGGGCGUGAAGGAGCGGAAGCGGCGGCGAUCCGCGCAAAUGCACCUGGGCGCGUACACGGACGCGGAGGUGGCCGAGGGGACGGGCAGUGUGUGGAAAAAGCACGGCGCGGUGAUUGUCGUCAAAGCGGUGCGGGAAGUGAUCCGGGGGGUGUUUCAGGGCGACCACUACGCCCGGGCGAAGUUGAUGGCCCGGAAGCACUAUGGAUUGCAAAAGUGUCUGGGUCUGGAAGGAUGCAACUUGUGAUGCUGCAUUUGGAUUCUACAAAAAUCUGUAUUGCAUGAACAGCAAAAGAGGUCCAGUUUUUGCGACGGCGAGAGGGCAUUUCUCAAUCUGUGAUGCUAGGGCAUGCAUCACAGACAUCAGGGGUCAUGCCAAAGCUGCAUCACAAAUCUCUGCAUCCUUCCAGACCCAGACAUUUUUACAGUUGAUAAGCACCAGCCAGCCUGCGCGUGGUGGAGCUACGAGAGCGACGUGAUGCUCACCUCCUUGAAGGCGAAACUGUGGACCCGGGUGCACCAGGCGGUCAAAACCGACCCCACAACGGCGGCUGGUGGAACCGCUACAGCAGUACAACAACCGGUGCGGAAGUCGGAAGAUGAUCUACUUUUAGACGGCGACAAGAACGUCGAUGGAACUACAAAUAACGAAGAGGCCACCGCGCCGCCUUCUUUACAAAGCGCCGUGAAUAUCAAGUCGGUGCCUAACUUCCGCGCACUCGGAAUUCCGAUGAGCUUGAGUAUGCCGAACAACAUGGUCCUGGUCGCAAGUACGCAAUCGAAGGGCAUUAAGAUUGUGCGCCCCUUCGAAAUCUUGUCCGACGCGGGCUCGUUAGAGGUGGCUUUCAACAGAAAACCGGCGAUGAAGGGAGAAGAGAAGAAGCAGCUGUUGAUCUCUUGGGUACGACUACACGUGGAUGAGCCGGACCGAGUGAACCGGGCGUUGGCAAACUGCGCCCAGGCCGCAGAUGUGCUGCAACUCAUUGCAGCAACGGGGCAAAAGGACAUGAUACGACUUUGGGCAUAAGUAGUAGGUUAAGGACGCGGAGAUGAUUCAUACGUACGGCUGUGAGGGAGAUAGUACUAGCGAAGACGACCAGACGGACACCGUCACUGUGCGAGUGCGACGUUUGGUGGGUAAAAAUACGAUUUACAUAUACAUAGUGGUAACACGACUCCAUUCCAGGAGAUUGAAAAGCAAGUAGAAAAAUCAUUUCCACGACCAUUCCACGAAUACAAAAAUCGCAUACGCACUUAUUUUCAGAACUUGCGCAUCUGUGUCUACAGCUUGCUCACUAU